AAUAAAUACAUUGCCUUUUCGCCUUCUCCUCUCUUUUUUCCAUUCUCUCUCUCUCUCUCCCUCCGUCUCUGUCUCUCUAUCAUUUUUCAGUUUUCUGUUGCUCUAUAUUUCCUUUUCCUAGGGUUUCUUCUAAACCUGCCGUCGUUUGUUUUGAGGACGCCAAUUGAUUCCUCUAUUGCCGUUCUGUUAAAUUUCAGAGACGCAUCAGGAUAACAGUCAAGUGGUGAAAUUGACUGUCUGCCUGGUGUAAGUAAAUAGAGGUUCGGAAAUGAGAUUGUGCAGAGUCUCAAUUUAAUGGACUAUUUCCCAAGCAGCAGUUGCAAAAAGACAUUAAAGAGGUGGUUUUUCAUAGAUAAGAGGGUCGGAUAGAGGAUUUUAGUCAAUACAUUCCAAGUUUAGUGUUUGAUCAUCAAUAAAAAGCGUUGUCUUAAAGUCACCUGGUCCCUAUGGAUUUGAAGUCGACAAAAGCUUCUCCGGUUCUUGCGGAUCCUGCACCCAUGAACAAGUCUAGACUGGGGAUCCAUUCUGGUCUCUUGCCCUGCUCACAAUCUGGACCGUCUUUCUCCACUGCCGUCUCAUCAAUUCCCAGAAAAAAGCCAGGAAAGCUCGAUGAUGUCUGUUCCAAUGGCUGGCUUGAUGCUAUGAAAUCAUCUUCCCCUCCUCGCAAGAAAGUUCUUAAGGAUUUCAACUUUGCUGAUUUGGUUCCCGAUGAUGGAGAAACUGCGUACGAGUCUUGGAAGAUCAGGUACCCAUCAGCACUCAACUCCUUCCGGACAAUAAGUACUCGUGCGAGGAAUAGGAAGAUAGUCGUGUUUUUAGAUUAUGAUGGCACACUAUCCCCCAUUGUGGACGACCCUGAUCGAGCUUUUUUGUCUGAUGAUAUGCGGUCUGCAGUAAGGAGUGUCGCAAAGCAUUUCCCAACAGCCGUCAUCAGCGGAAGAAACCGUGACAAGGUCUUUCAACUGGUAGGACUAACCGAACUCUACUAUGCCGGUAGUCAUGGAAUGGACAUCAUAUUCCCGGGCAGAGACAUGAUGUCGAGAAACAAUAUAAAUUGUGUUAAGUCAACUGACAAGGAGGGCAAGGAGGUUAACCUAUUCCAGCCAGCUAGGGAAUUUUUACCUAUGAUUAAUGAGGUCUUUACAAAACUCGUUGAGACUUGUAAAGACAUAAAAGGCGCAAAAGUAGAGAACCAUAAAUUUUGCGCCUCUGUACAUUAUCGCAAUGUAGAUCAGGAGAAUUGGCAUAUAAUUGCACAAUAUGUUCACGACAUUCUGAAAGAGUAUCCUCGAUUGCGACUAACUCAUGGACGAAAGGUUUUAGAGAUUCGUCCUGUUAUUAACUGGGAUAAGGGAAAAGCAGUUGAAUUUCUUCUUGAAUCUCUAGGGUUUAGCAACUGUGAUGAUGUGCUCCCCAUUUACAUCGGAGAUGACAGGACCGAUGAAGAUGCAUUCAAGGUUCUGAAGAAGAGGAAUUGUGGGUAUGGAAUACUUGUGUCUGCUGUCACGAAAGAGAGCAACGCCUUCUUUUCUCUGAAAGACACUUCCGAGGUUCAAGAUUUCCUCGAAUCCCUGGUGAAAAUGGCACAAGGUGAUGCAAGGAAAAAUGGGAAAUCAUCUGAUAACGAUACUAAAAAAAAAUAGGCCUUGUAUGAUUCUACAGCAAAGUUAUUAAAUAAUUUUGUCUCACAGUAUUGUAAAAAGCUUUAAUCCUAUUCUAUUUAUUAUUUUUCCGUGACGAAUGAGGGGGGUUUUCCCUAGCCUCUUUUAGAUAGCAAGCUCCCAUUACAAUUUGAUUAUAUCUGUAAUUGAUAUUUGAUAAUUGUACAAAAAAAUGUUGCAAUAUAUCAUUCGGUAAUGGAAAUUGGAUUAUUGGCCCCA